CCAUAACAGGUCAAGAUUGUAUAGGUUGUGCCAAGACCGGAAGUGGUAAAACAGCUGCCUUUGCUCUUCCCAUUCUCCAGAAACUAAGUGAGGAUCCUAACGGCAUCUUCUGUCUUGUUGUAACACCAACAAGGGAGUUGGCAUUCCAGAUAGGUGACCAGUUCCGUGUCUUUGGAAAGCCAAUUGGAGUUCGAGAUUCUGUGAUAGUUGGCGGGUUUGAUAUGAUUCGACAGGGUCUGGAAUUGUCUAAGAGGCCUCAUGUUGUUAUCUCAACUCCUGGGCGGCUGGCUGACCACAUCAAGAGCACCGACACUUGUGACCUUAGCAAAAUCAAGUUCCUUGUUCUAGAUGAGGCAGACAGGUUAUUAGAAGGCAACUUUGGUCCAGAUCUGGAGGUCAUAUUUGAAAAUAUUUCAGCAGAACGGCAAACGUUGCUCUUUAGUGCCACCAUCACUGACACAAUGAAGGAACUACAGAAAGUCUCUUUGAGCAAACCAUUCUUCUGGAUUUCUAAAACACCUGUUGUCACAGUUGAGCAGCUGGAUCAGCGUUAUUGCAUCACGCCAGCACAGGUCAAGGAUGCCUACCUCAUGCAUAUUGUGCAUACAUUUUGUUCAGAGAGCAAAGAGAAAUCCAUCAUUAUAUUCACCAGUACAUGCAAGAAUUGCCAUUUGUUGGCCAUCAUGCUGAGAGAGAUGGGUCUGCCUUGUGUCAGCCUUCAUUCACUAGUAAAGCAGAGAACAAGAUUAGCAUCGUUAGCAAUGUUCAAGUCCAAUCAAGUUCGUGUUUUGGUCGCCACCGAUGUCGCGAGUAGGGGGCUAGAUAUACCAACAGUGGAGUUAGUUAUUAAUCACAAUGUUCCUACAUCACCCAAGGACUAUGUACACCGAGUUGGUCGCACAGCAAGAGCAGGAAGAGGAGGAAUGGCGAUAACCCUUGUCACACAAUUUGAUGUCCAGCUGAUCAAAGCUGUUGAAAAACUCAUCAACACUAAGCUGACCGAGUUCAAGGUGGAUGAAAAGAAGAAUGUACUGCCAAUUCUAAAUGAGGUGGCUUUGGCGAAAAGACAAGCAGAAUUGAAACUUGAAGAGCUUGAUAUUGAUGAAAAGAGAGCCAUCAACAAGCGGAAACAAAUGAUCCUGGAUGGCAAGGACCCAGAUGAGGAGGAAAGGAAAAAAUACAAAUUGCUGAAGAAAACAAGGUCACAACGACACGAAAUGGAACAGGCCUCCACAUCCACAGCUGCUUUACCAUGAAAUCCCCAAUGUCAUCUAUCUCUGCUGUACGCUCCCUCACUGACCUGGCCUACAUACGAGUACAGGAAAGUCGACGUUGCCAUUGAAAUAGGCAAAGAUUGUGUAGCACCACGCACAGUACGUAGUAGGCAAGCCUUCAAAGCUAUGAUGGACGGCAACAAACUGUGAGAAAAACAUGGAUCGAACACCCAGUGCUGGGUCGGCAUGAUCAUGACAACCGUACACAGCACAAAUAGUCGCCAUUAUGCCAUUGGAUAAGAAUUCAUGUCUAGUAUUAUACAUUGCAGGGCGUGGUUUCUAACCAAAUGCUUGCCUGUUGCAAUGUUGGCCAAUCACAGAGAAACUAGAUGGUCAAGUGAUACUUCGAUGUCAUACAUUACAGCCUUAUAAAGCACGAAGUAUACCGGUAUGUGUGUGCAUGUAUGGGAGUUCACAAGUUGAUCGUGCAUUUUGUAUGUGAAAGCCUGUUACUCAAAAGUAUUGAAUUUAUUUGCAAUUUGACAAUAAUCCAGUUCUGGCAGUGUGGACUGGUUCUCACCACCGUUUUUGGUAAUGUUUAGACCGGAAACCAGUCUACUUGCAGGGUGGAUCGGUUUGUGAGCAAAACCACCACCAAUAAAAGCCUUUUCAGAAGGUUGCAAAUGCCUUGAUUAAGAGUAAAAAGGAAAUUGAAAAAAUAAAACACAAGUUAAAAAUUAAAUAUUGGA